CCGGUAGAAGACACCCCUAGAUUUACUUCCCCUCUUAAACUAUAUAUAAAGACAACUGAGUGUAGAAGUUAAGAGACACAGAGAAAGGAGAAGAAGAUUCGAUUGAGAGAAUAAAAAAAAUCAAGAAUGUUGCUGGUGACAGUAUUGGCCGAGAUGUUAAAGGAGUACACGGUGGUACUCGCCGGAGUUUUGGAGCAUCUCUUUUCUCAGGCGCCAUUUCCGAGGAGGAUCCGACUUCAUAUAUUAUACUCUCUCCCUUUCCAUAAUUCCAGUUCAUCUCCCCCUAUUCUCCUUCCUUCUCCUCCUCCUUACGCUCGUACUUUAUAAUCCAAGAAGCUUGAUGUUUUAAUAUAUGCUUACUCUGUGAUUUCUAUUUGAGUUGAGAUGUGUAUACCAGAGCUUUUGUUGUAAAUAAGAUAUUUUCAAGUUAA